UGCACCCGCGGCGCCAAGGCCGAGGGGGAGGCCGGGGUGCGAGCUCGGCUGACGUGCGGGAUCCGUGUGGCUCGGCUGCAACGGCUCGUGCGGCUGCCUGAACGUCUCGGCUGGUGUGUGCGCAGCCUCGGCGAGGAUGCGGCUUUUCCGGUGGCUGCUGAAGCAGCCGGUGCCUAAGCAGAUCGAACGCUACUCGCGUUUCUCGCCAUCGCCACUCUCCAUCAAGCAGUUCCUAGACUUCGGGAGAGAUAAUGCUUGUGAGAAAACUUCAUAUAUGUUUCUACGGAAGGAGCUUCCCGUAAGACUGGCCAACACAAUGAGAGAAGUUAAUCUUCUGCCGGAUAACUUGCUUAACCGCCCUUCGGUGGGGUUGGUUCAGAGUUGGUAUAUGCAGAGCUUUCUGGAACUUUUGGAAUAUGAGAAUAAGAGCCCUGAAGAUCCACAGGUCUUGGAUAACUUUCUGCAAGUUCUGAUCAAAGUGCGAAACAGACACAACGAUGUGGUUCCUACAAUGGCACAAGGAGUGAUUGAAUACAAAGAGAAAUUUGGGUUUGAUCCAUUCAUUAGCAGUAACAUCCAAUAUUUUCUGGAUCGGUUCUAUACCAACCGCAUCUCUUUCCGCAUGCUUAUUAACCAGCACACACUUCUGUUUGGUGGUGACACUAACCCGGCUCAUCCUAAACACAUCGGAAGUAUUGACCCCACCUGCAAUGUGGCUGAUGUUGUGAAAGAUGCCUAUGAAACCGCCAAGAUGCUGUGUGAGCAGUAUUACCUGGUCGCUCCAGAGCUGGAAGUGGAAGAAUUCAAUGCCAAAGCUCCAGACAAACCUAUUCAGGUAGUUUAUGUGCCCUCACACCUGUUUCACAUGCUAUUUGAGUUGUUCAAGAACUCAAUGAGAGCGACAGUUGAACUAUAUGAAGACAGAAAAGAAGCCUACCCCUCUGUUAAAACCCUCGUUACUCUGGGUAAAGAAGACUUGUCUAUUAAGAUAAGUGACCUGGGUGGUGGUGUCCCACUUCGAAAAAUAGACCGCCUUUUUAACUACAUGUAUUCAACUGCUCCUAGACCCAGCCUGGAGCCUACGAGAGCCGCCCCUCUGGCUGGAUUUGGUUAUGGCUUGCCAAUUUCUCGUCUAUAUGCUAGAUAUUUCCAAGGAGAUCUAAAACUCUAUUCAAUGGAAGGAGUUGGCACUGAUGCUGUCAUUUAUUUAAAGGCACUUUCCAGUGAAUCAUUUGAGAGACUUCCGGUUUUUAAUAAGUCCGCGUGGCGCCAUUACAAGACCACUCCCGAAGCUGAUGACUGGAGCAAUCCCAGCAGAGAACCGAGGGACGCCUCGAAAUACAAGGCGAAACAGGACAAGAUCAAGACUAAUAGAACUUUCUAGAGAACUGAAUGCUCAUAUCCUCUCUGAGAAGAAAGAUUAUCUUCUGCAAGUCAACCAGAGAGAACUCCUUUCCUCCACCAACUCUGAGCAAGGCACUAUAGUUACUCCAGUGCUUGAAUGUGUAAUUUCUCUAUAUGAUCUGGACCUUUUCCACAAAAACCUUCCUGUAGCUGCUCCAGAUCCGCACUAAAGUAGUAACCUGAACAAUUUUUCCUAGUACAUUGUUGUGGUUUGGUUGGCGCCUCUCUUAAGAGAGCUCAGGGCCUCGUUAGUGCUCUGAUGCCCUCAUACCUUCCUCCUCCUUGUCAUAGAGUCGAAUGUCUACAUUCUCCCCAGGAUUCUAAGCUUCUUCCUCAUUCCAGAUACAGCCAGUUUCUGCUGUUGUUCUUUGUGACCAAACACCAUGGUUUUCCAAACCACCACCUAAGGCCUGGGUGAUCUGGAAGCUGAAGACACCAGCGGAGUGUGUCUUGGUAAUUCCGCCCCGGGGCUCUUCCUCUCCCAUAGGCAUCCUUUCUCACUCUGUGAUUUCCGCUUUUGCCUUCUUCCAUCCGAUCUGAGUGAGGUGCGGCUCCUUUCACCGUAGCUCUUACUCUCCAAUGCAUUGAUUUUAUUUUAAAAUUCAUUUGUGUACUUCCAUUCUGUCAAUUAAAGCGUUCCAAAAGUUGUCUUGGGAUUUUUCACUUAACCACUUGGUUUCAGAGAUCUUAAGUGAAAAACUACCUUCCAGUCAUUAUCGAGUUUGUGAAAGUGGGAAGUGGAGUUUUUAUGCUAUGCAAAAAUGCUGCCAGUCUACUUAUUUUAUUUUGUUUCUUUGUCGUUUUCUGCGGAAUUGAAAGUCCCUGUGUGGUGCCACGGUAGUCGUCGUAAAAUCGGCUAUUGAAGGGAAAAAGUCUUCCUUGUCGAUUUUGAAAAAUAAUUUUCAUAAUUUUCAUUUUUGUGAGUUGUUGGCCAGUUUUAGAACUGUUGAUCUGAUUUUCAUACUCCUUUGCUUUUUUGCUGAAAGCAGGACUGCGUAGAGGCUUUGGGGUGAGGAAAGAGAAGCGAGGUUGUAUUGACCCCUCAGCAAUGGAAGCCGUCCAAGAGUCUGGAUUAAAGGCACAAUUUAUACUGCUCCACAGGAUGUGUUUCCCUUCACUGUCAUUUUUCAUAUCAUCUACUUUGGUUUCUGCCUUCUCUUGACGCCCAUAUAAAUGCAUCCAUCCAAUUUUUAAGUGUGGAGCACGCUGUUGGGAAAGUUGUGCUUUGUAAAGUAUUCCCCCCCUUCAGUGCCUGAUGGGUCGGUGCGGUCGCCCCACCGGGGCUCCCCGCGGGGGGCCUUCCCAGGAAGAGUUGUGCUUUGACCAGCUGCACGUGAGCCAGCAGUAGCUCUUUCUCCUCAUUCCCCUGAGUCUGAUUUUGUUUCAUUUCAUUACGUUCCCUGAGCUCAUGGUCAUUACCUUCAUCCUUAGACGGGUCCCAUCUCUUCCAUCCUCAGAAGGAUCCCAUCAGAGAACUCAUCUAAUCCAUCAAAGAAGAGAAAGACAGAUGGACUCUUGAGAGAGAGGGGACAGGAUGUCCACAUGGAAGCCUCCGGGCUGGAGGACUGAGUCGGUGUCUUGGGGAUGGGGCUGUCUCAUAGGAUUGAUCCCUUGUGUAAAAGAUGUGAAAGUAAUGACCCUUACCAUUUAAAGUCGCUGGCUUUCUUACCAACAUUGGAUAGUAUGUCAUUGUCUUACUAGGCUUCCAUUCCUAAACAUACACCUUUAUACUUUCAGUAGGAAACAGCGUGGCGGGAUGGAGGCAGCAAAUUCAGGCCUGCUCCCUCCUGCCUUGUACUGGCAAUGUUUUGCCAUGUGGUUGAGGAGAUUGUUAGCCGCCCCCCCCCCACCCAAGCUUGAAGGCUUGAAGAAAGGAAGGAAGGGGUGGAAAAAUCCCAUCACAUUCUUCCCUUCACAGGUCUUUUUCAAAAGUAAAGGCUUCUUUCAGUGUUUUCAUGACUUAAUUGGUAGUCCUUUCACUAAUGGACUCUGUGGCUCACUCCUGCCCAGCUGCCCCAGUAGUCUUGGCGUUCCUGUCUGCUUUCUGCAUUAAGAGUUGAACUCCGAUCCCAGAGCAACUGUAAGAAGAGUUGCGGGAACAUCUUGUGUUCUCACAGCUUAGUGGCCCACGCAUUUGUUUCUUCUCUUGUUGCCUGUAUGUGCUUCUCCGAACCCAGGUGCAUCCCUCUGGCUGUUUACUCGGGUUGUGGAAACAAAUGGUCAAAUUACUACAUAGAGUUGGUAAAAUAAAUAGACAUCGACCCCUUUUCAGCUAAAUUCAAUCAGUUCUCCCAUUUCCUCUGUGUUUCCCUCUCAUUUACUCAAUUUUUAGUAUUAGGGGACUACAGCAACUGUUUGGACUAGUUCCUGGCACAUAGUAGAGGCUUAAUAAAUAGUAGUUGAAUCAAGAAAUGAAAACUGACAUUUACCUUGGGCGGGGGCUAUGUUUCCACGUUCUUCAAUUAUUUUUCUUUCCAAAGUCGAAACACUUCAAGUCAGGAGCUGUGGAAAUACUGAAUCUCCUGUUAACAGGGCUGAGAAAUGACUUCAAGAUGUAGAGAAGGGAAAGGAAAGAAGUAAGGAUGGACCCACAGGAACCGUCUGGUUUUUUUGUUUUGUUUUUUGUUUUUGUUUUUUGGGUCUCUGAGUAUCUGAUUAUGGUUCUUUAGUACACUGGAUUCUUUCCAUCCAGUCAAGUGAGAUGAUUUUGCAGCCUUGCUUAGAGGUUCCAAAGAGCCUUCACAGAAAGCCUCCCGUCUGAUCCUCAGUGUGCUGCGCAUCGGGCCAUGUGAGUGUGGCCUCCGACCCUCACGUGCGUUCCAACGCAGUUCUUCGCUUUGCUGGGGUGAAUGGAAGGACCCAAGUAAGUAGUUGGGUCGUCUUGCUCCUAGACCUGUGCUCUCAGUGAUGCAGCGGGUAACCAGCAUCAUUGCUUUUGAGGAAUUUCUUGGGUAUAUUAACCCUCAAGCGUAAGAUAUAAGCCAAAAUGUGUCUAUAGGGCAAGAGAAUUGCAUUCAGGAGAGGUUUUCUUUUGUGUGUUUUCAUUUUGGCAUAGUUAGAUAGAGGAGAUAAUCAAAUGGAUUUGGCAGCUUUUACCUAGAAAGACAGGCAACUUAGAAGGGAUAGCUGUAGGUAAUUACUAGAGUUAUUUAGACUUAAUUCUAUGUUUCAUUUAACUCCAUGUUCACUGCCAGCCCUUUCCUACAAAGACUCCACUUUCAGUCCUUGCUUUUAUCCUUCAGAGGCCCGGAUUACAGCUCCGGUUGGAUUUUCUUCCAUAUUCACAAACAUGCUACUCUUGCCGUUCCUGAUGAACUGUAACUGGGCUGCUUCUCAAAAUUCUUGCCUCACAUUCUUUCCCCAUCAAUCCCGUGGAUGCCUCGCUUUAUUGUCUUCUAGUGUCUGGUGGUCCUGAGAAGCCUCAGUCCGGACAGGUGGUUCUUCACCGUUUGUAGAUGACCUGCUUAUUUGUACUGCAUACUUGGGACCUCUUGUUUAUCCUCAAAGGUCAUGACUUUGUUCAAGUCUGUGUCAGAACUGACAGUUGUCUGUUGGCUUUUUCUGGUCCAUGAUGAGCGGUGCGCACUGGCAUUCGGGCCUCACUGUGGGUCCUAUCAGUUUGUUCUCUUCCUCAGAACUUUGUCCCUGUCUUGGUUCUGUGUCAGCUGGCCUUCACAUUCUCUUCCCUUUGGUUGCUUUCGUCCCCUUGUCUUUCUUGUUGCUGUGAAUUUUUUUCCAUGGGGUCUGCCCCUCCCGUGUCACUAACUCAGUGCUCCGAAGUAUGGAUGGAAGGCCUAGCUGUUCAUAGUGUGAGUUUCAUUUCCGUUACAGUUUUAUUUUUGAUGUCUUUCUUUUCUUAGCUCUGCCAGCUUUUUUCUUUCACUAUGUUGUCCUCUCUGACUCUUUGUUUCAUUUCUUGGAAGGCUGAACUGUGUUGUCUACAAUUUUUCCGGUUUCUGAAAUCAUUGUUUCUAGAGCCUACUUUGUUUUAGGCUUCCUUCCUUCCUUCCUUCCUUUCCUUUUGGUGGUUUUGCUUUUCUGUUAUUGUACAAGUAUCAUCAUGGGUUUUUCGGCUUAUUAUUUGUCUUUGCAUGGAACCAGUCCUAGCUGCCCAAGAAGAGUGAGGGGAACCUCCUUGACUCCUCUUUUCUCAAGUGAGAAGCGUUUGAAUGGUGGGCCUUAGGACUUAAGCAGUAUUGCUGGGUUGUAAGGGUGAAGGCUGUUGUGUUUCAGUUGGGUAGCUGGGUAUAGGGGCAUGAGGAGUGAAACAAAGCCUACUUGGGAUAAUUUGUCUUCCGAGUGCCUUCUGUGGGUGCUGCCAAGUCCUCUGCCCUGGGGCCACCGGGUCUCACUGCGGGGUGGGGUGGGGGGAAUCCCGCUUGAGUUUCCCCACUUCCACUAGGUGUCACCCUAGCAGGAGUCUGGAGGCUUUGUAUCUGGAUUUGUGUGGUUGCCCCCCACCCACCCCCCAGGUUCUCUUUAUCUCCUGCACGCACAGAUGCAGUACCCAAUGUCUCACCCAUCCCUCCCAGGUGUGGUUGUGGAAAUGAGCCCGCACAGCGUGCACAGGGCUUCUCCAGACUGCCGCAGGUCCUUGUUUCUCCAGGUUAACAGAUGAUUGGUCCAGUCCUUUGGCAACCUCUCCUGAACUGCCCAGCAACUGUGGUCAAAUGCGAGAAUGCUCCUCUGAUUAGUCUCCCCCUUCGUUGUAUCUGUCAGACACUCCCCCUGGAGUCCUUGGUAUGGGGUGGUGGCUUUUAUUAGUUUCAUAAUGGACAGCUUCUUUUUCAGUUUUUGGAUGUGUGUGUUGAAGGGCAGGAGCACUUAUAUAAACAUGCAUUUAUUCUGCCAUCUUUCCCCGGGGUCCAGGUGCAUAAACAUUGACUUUGAAGAUAAUGUCCUUCGUGGCCAUAAUCUGUAUGAAAGUAAACAGAAGAAACCAGUGUCGCUAGCAGGAAAGAACCAUUAAUAACUUAAUCAAUACAGGAUUUUUGUUUGUUGUUCUGUGUGGAAAGAUAACUUUUAACUCAGGUUCCUGUUCCAUUGAUUAGCGGUAUCAGUACCUUCUGCUUUGAAAAUAGAGGACGUCGUAAUGAACUUAAGAAGUUAUCAGCCACUGACAAUUAUUAAUUAGUUAAUUAAAUAUGAUAGAGUAUUUCAAACUAGCACCUAAUCAGAGUUAUCAACAGAAGUAGAAGCUAUUUUCAAUGAAAAGGUUGCUAGUCCAGCUGUCUUAUGGAGGGCAUUGACCCUGGUGAGAGCGUGGUUGUGACGCAGAUUUUCUUACCGGUCUUUUCAUUUCAGCCCAUUUGAAAAUUGGGUUCAUUGAGAAAGAGAGGAAGGCAGUCCUCAUCAGGAUUAUUUUUGUUACUCCUGAAUAUACUGUGAGAUGGUGCAUAGGUCUGGGGCCUACUCUAGAGGCACACGAAUUCAUAUUUCCAAAGUGCUUUUACAGGUGGACGUUGGGGUGGGGGUUUCGUGGGGCCGUUUGUCGGGUUGAAGUGUCCUUUCCUCAGCAGCCAGCAUAUUCCACCAGGCGGACUUUCCUCACCUUCAGAGGCCAGGGAUCAGGGAGCAUGAGUGACAGCCUCGCUCUAGGUACCACACUCCACCUCGCAGCGCCUGCCUUCCCCAGAAGUCAGGGUGCGAAAUGGAGAACUGCUUGCGGGCCCACGUGCCAGGGAUGAACGAAAUGAAGGCGGUAGACAGAGGAGUCAUGGAAUAGGAAGCUGUGCUCGUUCCUCCAUUUAAGUAACGAGUGUCUGUGGUGCACUAGCAACUGUGCGGAAUGCUGGGCAUGUGGCAGGGAUGUAGGAAAUGGAAAUACCUGCCUCGCGACCCGUUCUUGUAGGGAAACUGACAAGACACGAAACGAAUGUUUCCGGUGCAGUGGAGAGAGAAGUAAAGUGAAACAGAUCAGUACAAUGGAGAAAAUAAAGCCAGGAAGCGGAUACAUGGGGCGAGCUGAGGGGCCCCAGGCCCUAUAAAUGUUAUUUUCGUUGUGGAUAGAUGUGUUUCUUAGAUGUGUUUCUUGGCGAUUCCGGAGUUCUUUCCAUUUUUGUAUUUACCCCUGGGCAUCAGGAGAGUCCCGUCUCGUGUGCUUGGCUCUGAGCGCAGCUCCGCAGGGGACCCUGCCUGGGCCGGGGGCUGGGGGAAGCCGGCUCCUCCAGGUAUGUGGAGCCCCAGGGCCUGUUGCCUCUCCUCGUGGCGGGGGGACCCUGGUCAGAUGAGAGGAGCCCACUCUCACUGUCCACGUUCAUGUAAUGGUGGGCGCUGCUGCUGCCUCAUAACCAACGAGCAGGGACAGCAGGCUGCAGGGGUCUUUUUAGGACCUAAGAAAUCAUAAUUUAGAUAUACUUACAACAGGGGGAUGAGACUGCUGGAGUUAAAAUAGCAACUUGUCAAGAGCAGAGACCCUCUUUAGCACUUGGACACUGGUUUUAGAGGAGGAGGAAGGGAUUGCCCAAGAAGGCUUCCCUCUCAAGCCCUCAGGUUGGCAUUAGCCAUGGUCACCCCCAAAAAUGCAGAGAAGAAAAAUGACAGCAGUAUUGUGGUCAUGGACACCUUAGAAACCUAUUCCACUUUCUCGUCGGUUUCUAAAACAGGGACCCGAAUUGCCCGAUGCCGACGAUGGGGUCCAUGUGGCAUCCGUGGCCGGGACAAGGGCUGCUCAUUGUGUCAUGACACAGUGGCCCUCUGUGGUUUGAGAGGCAACAGCAGAGCCGCACCGGGUGCUCUCAGUAGUUGGCAUCCACUGUGGCCCGUGGCCCCACGGUGGCGGGAGACUAGAGCUGAGCCGAGGGACUGAGGGACCGGGACAGGAGCAGGAACUGAGGUGCAUUUCAUUGUUCCCCUGGGCAGGGCCAAUUUGUCACCCUCUAAACUGUCUUAUUUACAUGUAAAUAAAAGCAGUUUAGGGCCUCACUGCCAAAAACACCCAACAAAUCUCUGCUAUGGUUUCAGGCCUGCAUGGCAGCGUGGGUGUCCUCGCAGCUCUGUAAGCCAGAAGCCCAUGCCACGUGGCGACUCCCUGGCUCUCCUGUCACCUCUGUGGGGCAGUACGCCUCCUGCCUCCUGGCUGCAAGGGACACCCGCUCUUGCUGGAGCCUGCGUAGCUUCGUGCCUGGAGUCCUGUUGCCCAGUUUAGAUUCUUGGGCUUGGUUUUUGUGGGGUGUUGGGAAAAGUUAGAGAACCAAGUAGUAGAUGGGCAGUAAUACUGGGUCCAGGAAGCUCACAGUGAGAAGAGUGUGAACUUAACCUGCAAAAUAUUUCUCUGUUCUAUAAAUCUCUCAGUGACAUUUGGAUUAAUCAAGCAUAAUUAAAUGUAGUUAGAUUUUUGUCAGAUUGUAGUUCAAAAUAAUACUCAUCUAUGGAGAGGAUAAUAUAUUCUGUAGAAAUUUUAUUAAGCACUUUAGUUGAGCAAACACUAAAGAGAACAAAAUCAGUCUCAGGAAGGUUAAUUACUACAAAAACAGAAAGUGUAGUAGAUUAUGUAAAUCAUUUUGAUUUUGAAUACCGUGGCUUGAGCUUUAAUUUACAUAGAGAGGUAUUUUGGAUUUGUUUUUCAUACUUUCCAAAAGUACAGAAUUGCAAUUGCAUUCUUUAAAAGUUCUAAUCACUUUAGGUUUCCAUUAUGUUUGCCAAACUUUUUUGUGUUAGAGUUUCCAAAAGGGAAGAAUUGGAACCACAUUCUUUAAAAUGCAGUUAAUGAUUUCAGUAUUCCACAAAGUUUGUUUCAGCCGCAAGAACUGUGUUUUUAUUUCUGUACUUUUAAAGAAGUGAUCUUUUGAAGGGAAGUCUGAGGGGACAGAAUGGUUGUGAAAGCACCCUGCCGUGCCUGGCCUUUCAAUAAAUGAAAAGAAAUUUUUUUAGAAAGGUAAAACAUAAAGAGCUUAGGCUAUUAAGAUAAAUCUUUUUAUUUUAAUAAUUUCUUUAAAGGGAAGAAGUAGAGAAACCAAAAUGACUUUAAAUGUUAUAUUUUUUUGUACUCUGAGAAUUACAUUUUUCACUAUGCUUGCAUGUCUCAGGGAAUAGCCUUUCAUAAGAAUCCCCGUGCAAAUCUCUGAAACUGUAUCACAGUGUAUUCUGAUUUGAUAGUUCUUGUCUAAAUUUCUAGAAAUAGAAUUUCAAAAGUAUUGUCACCUCAGGAACACAAGAUUACCCUAGAGACUUGAACCUCACCCUAUCACCACUCAGAUUCUAUGUGCUUUAGGCCUUUUCAGAGUAAAUGACACCUAAAUGUCCUUUGGUUCGUGGCUAUACGGAGGUGUCCAUUCUACUUAUCUGAGGUGUUCAUAGAAGACCCCUGCAAUUUGAUUUUGCUUGCUAAGUUUGCUUCUUGACUUUCCAGUUUUCUACUGGAUUCUGUUUUCUCUUGGCAUCAAAUCCUUUGGAGAUAAUAAAGUAUUAUUUAAAAGAACAUUCCAUUAACUAUUUCUAACUUUCGCCAGCCUAAAACUGGCCUGCCAAUGUGAAUUCUGUGCAUACCUUUUCCGAAUGGGCCAAAAUCGCACAAAUGUCAUGGAGCAUAUAUACUGCAAGCAGUGUGUUGCCCCACGGUUAGCAAAGUAUUAAGGAACAUCCAGCUCCUGCUUGGGGCUGUUUCCCCAGCUCUCUAGUUCCUCUUUGCCUUCCAAUCUGGUCAAAAAUAGCAAGCUAAGAAUGGAAUGCCUAUUACUGACAGAACUACUUAAUGUUUUAAGAUACUCUUACCUUGAGAUUCUUUUGGAGAGAAAGGAAAAAAAAUCCUAACAUUCAAUUCUGACUCUCUUUUGGCUCUUCGUACAUGCCAGACGUUAAAAAGAUAAUUACGAACAUUCAGCCUGAUUGGAGGUCAAAGGCAUUCUCCAUUUAGCCGCGCUAACGUUGUGUCCCCAGAAGCGUUUGUGAAAACAAGUAGGAUGAGUAGAAGAUUUCAUACUACUGUUUAUAGUAACAUCCUGGUACCCCCUUUCUUCUAAAUUCCAUUUUAUUACUGUCCUUUGAACUGUUAAAACCAUAGGAAACCUCAAUCAGUAUUUUAAAGGGCCCUAUAUUUAUAUGAAGAACUGGUAAAUAUGCCUUUAUCUCAAAAAUUGUUGAGGUUACUCUCCGAUGUGUUUCAUUAGAAGAAAUGCUUGAGAAUAAUUACAGCUAAAGCCUGUAACUGUGGGGAUCUGAAAACGCUGGAGACGGCCUGCCGCUGAAGAGGGAUCAGGCUGAAUGGGGGGGCCUCACCGCCUUGCUCGCUGAGCGCUAUCAGGACCCAGAGUUGGCCCGGCUGGCGUAGCCACGACACAACGGAAAAUAGAAGGGGCUGGACCGAGAUCGCGUAUCUGCUCCCUCUUACCUCGCCGCCUCUAGAACUUUUAUCAGGGAGAGCAUCGCCUCAAGUCCCUUGGUAUCUUGCCUUUCACUUUUCCAAGUUCCUCCUAGUGCUACCAUGUGACUGACCCAGUAAUUGUGCAUAUGCUUCAGAUGAUUCCUAAACCAAACCUAAAUGUGUCUUGACUCUGAGUAGACAGCCAGGGCAAGGUCGACCUAGAAAAUAGAAAGUAGUGAAUAUUUUAAAAAUUGAAGUGGACUUUAGGGAUGGGGGGGCAUCGCUUUCUAGUGCCCCCUCGGCUUCCGUGAUGCUCCUCAUUAGAGCGAUCAGUCUCUUACACUGCCGUGCGCUAGAGGCAAAAGCCACCCUCGGACCCAGACCUGGCUUUGCGCUUCAGCCCAUCCCCGGCAGCACGACCCGCGCUUAACAGAGCGGAGCCCCCGGCUUGAGUGUUCUGACCAACCAGCAUCAGCGUCUCUGCCAGGUUCCCUGGAGGUCAAGUCAUUUGAGGUAAUGGCUGCUUCAUCUGUCGCUCUAAGUUCACGUCCGCACAGAAGUACACAGGUGCUUGUAACCUAAAUACUUAACAGAUUUAGCACCCAAGUUGCAACUACUUAAGAUACGCUUGAACCAAAUAAAAGAAGUCAUUGCAGGGUCCAAUAUAGCAUCAUGAACAUACCUAAUGCUGCAUUUAAAUGUAAAGUUACUCGCUUGACCGGUUUUUCAUCAUAACUCUUUGACGCACAAAAGUGGUGUCUACGCUGGGAAUCAUAGCUGAUGUGACAAGAGAAGAAUAUUAAAUGAAAUAAAAGUUCAAUACAGUUUUUGUAUUUGUAAGUCCAAACCUGACCUGGUUCACUUUGUGCAUCUGUCCCCCUUCGUCACAGUGGUAAAUGUAUGCGUGUGUCCAGUGUUCACGAGCUGCCUUGUGAUUCAUAGAGUGAAAUCCAGCCCCCUCGUGUUCUGUGCUGUUCUGUGGCCUGGCUAGUACACCCUGCCGUGGGUGAGGGAUGCCUUUGGUUUGAGGUCAUUUGCAGCCUCACAUUCUGUGGAGAAAUGUGUUCUAUUGUUGCAGUUGUUGGAAAAAACACAGCCAGAGAAGCGUAUGGCUUGGCAGAUGUUCCCCGUGAAUUGCAGAGCCGUGCAUGGUGUGUGUCACAGCCAUGCUAGUCCCGGAGCACGUGGACAAUUCUGUACCAACAUCAUCGAACAAUAAAACGGUAGUUGUCAUUCA